UCUAUGCUAUUCAACAGCCCAAGUAGAGGAAAUAAUUUUGAUCUUGUAGACUGAUAUGUUUUGUCGAUAACAAGCGUCAAUAUAAUUAUCCUACACACUAAACAACUUAAUCUGAAGUUUAUUUCUAUUAAUUGUUUUAUGUCAAGAAUGUCUUUGCUUUUAUAUGAAUUUGUUUUGGUUAGCACGAGAAUGCCGACUUAAUGCCAAGCCAAAUCUCUGAAGUUUUUCUUUUUGGAUUCUGAGCUGUGUACCUUUUCGAUCAUUGUUUGAAUUAUUUGAAAGUUGAGUACAAAUGGGGAACAUCAAUAGACUGUAACUGGUUCUUGCCUACAAGGCCUUAAAAUACCAAACAAAAAUAUUCACAGCGGAAGUGAAGUUGUGACACAUAUCGUCACCACGUUGCCGGCUUUUGGGCUGUAUUUAAGGGAUGGCGCGUCGGUUCUCUCACCUUCACCACUGCCUGAGAACACGUUCUCCUUUACAUCAAUGACCCAAAAGCAAUUAAGGGUCCCCUGCGUUGCUCAGGGACAGAACUACAGAUGUUCUACUCGCUGUUUCGGGAUUUAGUCUAUAUACAGCAACCUUUCGGUUAGGCCUGCCGGUCAGAUGCCUCUCCCUAAACAUUGAGCGCCAAACGGUCUACACCCUCGGCGUUGGGACAUGUUUAUUUAACACGUUUCCUAGAUGGCAAAAGGAUACUGAUGUCAUUUUGCUGUAUAGGUUUCCCAGCCGCGGUAUUUAGGGUGCUUCGGAGUCCUUGCUGUACAGAAGGCUAUAAUGUUUAUCAAGCUAUUUCGAUGGGUUGACCGUCAUGGAUAUAGUUAACACGCACAUUCUUUAAUUUAAUUACUCAUUAUUUACACUUUGAAAAUCGAACUUGACGAACUGUAUUCGAUUUUCCGAAUUGACGUAUUCGACGAAGCUUCCGUUGACCGGUUUCAUUGUGGACAGUUGCUUAAAUUAUCUGUUUAAUUAUUUAAAUAUUGCUCACCUGAGCAGGUAUGUGGUUACCUUUGUGCCACACGAAGCAAGGUCGGUCAGACAAACAACUAUGGUCCUUUGGGUCGAGUCCUUCCAGAGGUUCUGUCAGAGCCAUGCAUUCUGGUUCCUGCUCCUCGUCUAUGUUCUCUUCACGAUUUUCGGUAGUCUGCUAUUCAUGGCCAUCGAGCAGCCCCAGGGGAACCAGUUCCAGGCACAGGUCCUCGAGGUCCGACGGCGUUUUCUGAGAGAAAACCGAUGCGUGCAGGAGGGCGGUCUGGAUAUAUUCCUUAAAAAAGUCUACGCUAAUGGUUAUCGGAAUGUUGCUAUACUGCACGCAGGCGAAAAUAAAUGGAGCUGGGAUUUCACCUCGUCUGUCUUCUUUGUGGUUAAUAUUUUGGCUACCAGUGGUUACAGCGACUCCAAUCCCCUAACAGACGGCGCUAAGCUGUUCUGUGUAUUCUACAGCCUGCUGGGCAUCCCGCUCACCCUGUUUGUCCUGUCCUGCCUGUCUGACCUCCUGCUGCCCGUGGUGACCCGCGGUCCGGUGCGUCACCUCCAGACCCACUGGGGCCUACCCCGCCGCCAGGCAGCGCUGCUCCACGUCAGCCUCCUCGGCCUGGUCAUGGUCAUGGUCCUCCUCCUGCUGCCCGCUGUCAUCCUCUGCUACCUGGUGCCCGGGUGGAUCUUCCUGGAUGCGCUGUUCUUCUGCGUGAUGACGCUCAGCACCGUCGGUGAGGGCAACUACCUGCUGGGGAGGGAGCACAGCGAGGAGGCCCAGGAGGGCUUGGAGUUCUUCACCACCUGCUACUUAAUCCUGGGGAUUGUGAUGAUUCUGACGUUCCAGGAGACAGCCCUGGAGGUUCCGCAGGUUCAAGCCGUACUCCGGACGUUCUGUGGACCCCGGGACAGGGAGGUGAAAGGAACAGAUCUGGAUGAGAUGGUGCUCAGUGCGGAGGACUGCGAUCCUGCUCCGGACCCAGGGGAGGAGCUCCAGUAUACCGAGCCCAUCUCCUACAUCUCCCAUCAGCCCUUGGGGCACCCAUCAGUCCUGUACCCCGACCAGCAGGCCCCCCAGGAGCCUAAUCCGCAACCUGCCUUGUCCUCAACGCCAUUAUAAAAUAUGUUUAGGUAAUGCA